AAACGAAGCCUUUCCCGCUUCGAUCCAUAAUCCUGCGACAGUUGCAGAGGGAAAGGAAAUGGCGAUCUCAGGUAAAGCUUCUCUUCGCAUUCACAUCCUCCUCUUCCUCGUUCUCUCAUCUUCUUUCGCUAUCUUCAGAGUUUCAGCGGACGAGGACGAGGACCGAGUCGAGGAGCUACUGAGUCUCCAAUCCAGAUCGAAAUCCGGUGUAAUACAUCUUGAUGACCUAAGUCUCAGGCGCUUCUUCACCCCUGCAAAUUCCAGAUCUUACUCGCUAGUCAUCUUCUUCGACGCAGUUCAACUUCACGACAAGCAUGAACUUCACCUCCAAGAACUCCGUACAGAGUUCGGCCUCGUCGCUUCCGCUUUCAUCAAGAACAAUGAGGACACCCCGGCCCAGUUCAAGCUCUUCUUCUGCGAUAUCGAAUUCAAGGAAUCCCAGUCCAGCUUCGCUCUUUUCGGCGUCAAUGCCCUUCCUCAAGUUCGCCACGUCGGGCCUCAGAUCCAGAACCUCAAGGAUUCGGAGUCUAUGGGUCAGAACGAAUUCGCUAGAAUGGCGGACUCUAUUGCUGAAUUCGUUGAGGCUAAGACGAGGCUAACGAUCGGACCAAUCGAACGACCUCCGCUUCUCUCCAAGAAGCAAAUAGGGUUUUUGUUGGUGUUGAUUGUGAUAUGGGCUCCAUUCCUCGUGAAGAGGCUUCUCGUUGGUGAUACUCUCCUUCAAAAUCCUAAAUUGUGGCUUUCGUUCGCAGUGUUUGUUUACUUCCUCAGUGUUUCUGGGACUAUGCACAAUAUCAUUCGGCAGAUGCCUAUGUUCUUGGCAGACAGGGACGACCCUUCGAAGCUCACCUUCUUUUAUCAGGGUUCAGGGAUGCAACUUGGUGCAGAGAGCUUCGCAAUUGGGUUCUUGUAUACUAUCGUGGGACUGUUGUUGGCCUUCGCAACUCAUCUUCUUGUUCGGGUACGGAAUGUGAUGGUGCAAAGGGCUUUUAUGAUUUUCGUGCUUUUUGUUUCGUUUUGGGCUGUGAAGAAGGUUGUGUAUUUAGAUAACUGGAAGACAGGAUACGGAGUUCAUGGAUUCUGGCCCUCGAGUUGGAAAUUGCAUUGAUGGUGUACUUAAAAUUUUCGUGUUAAGGUAAGGAUUUUGUACUAGAAGUAAAUUUUAACUGUUUAGGGGCUUUUACAGCAAUAUGAGGAAAAGUUUAGUUUUCUUUUAUCUGGUUUAGAGUAUCCAUUUUGAUUUGGAACAUGAUGAACAGGGAAAGUUUAGAAAGUUGAAUCCAUUUUUUGUUCAUAAAAGUUUGUCUUGGUUCCAUAUGAUGCUGCUUUAGCUAUUUGAUGGUGUAAGAUUUUUUCAAGUUGUGAAAAUGCUUUGUUCUUGUU